UGGAAUAGACGUCCUCACUGUACCCUGGUUCACUGGGCUCGAGGCUGUUGCAGCAGGUAUCGGAGGUAUUAGGACCGUGAACUCGGUUCUGUCGUUGUGGAGGGCCAGAGAUGGCCGAGUAUAGUCAGACUGGUAUAUUAACAGCCUUGCUGCUGUUUACUGUGGUCACUGUUAAAGAUAUGUAUGUGGGCCGAAGCAGCGUGACUCAACAGGACAGCACAGGCCCCGACCGAUUUCUGGAGCCCGACAAACCAACACAGAAACAAAAACCCAAACUCUACACAGGUCCGGUUCUCAAGUUCCAGUUCUGUAUUUCCUGAGGGUACAGUAAGGUGUUCCAGGAGUACUCCCAGGCCAUCAACCAGCUGUACCCGGACAUCAGAAUAGAGGGAGAGAAUUACCCCCCCAAACCUAUCAACAAAUACCUUGGAAAUUUUAUCUCCUACUUGAAACUGCUUGCCAUCGCCUUGAUUGUGACCGGACAAAAUCCUUUCCAAAUGUUUGGAAUGAACACUCCAAGAUUAUGGUCAUGGGGACAAGAGAAUAAGAUAUUCUCGUGUCUUAUGGCCUUCUUCCUCAGUAACAUGUUGGAGACCCAUUUCCUCUCCACUGGAGCUUUUGAAAUCUCAUUGAAUGAUGUACCUAUUUGGUCCAAAUUGCAAUCAGGAUAUGUGCCCAACAUUCAGGAGCUUUUCCAAAUUUUGGAUAACCACCUUAAAAUGAAUCAAGUCGACAAGCUGAACUUUCCAUCACCGUAGAGCAGUUGUUGUUGCCGAGAGACAUGUCUCCGGAGCUGUUUCUCUGGUCAGUGGAACUGUGAAGUGUGGCAUAAUGAACGCCUGUGCUGAAAACACAACUGCUGUUGGUACAGGCUGGAUGCUCAGCCACCACACACAUAUUCCCCCGACCAGCGUCACACACCUUUGGAUCGACUGGAUCUCUUCAGAACAUCAAGCUACUUGCAUUCUUAAUAUGAGAAACAUGAAAUCACUAAAUGUGUUAGUAAAUGCUGAAGUUGGCUGCAUAUUCAGGUGUUUAUUUUAGUCUGUGAAUUUGGUCAGGUAUGAUAUUCUGUUUGUAAAAGAGCUUUCAUCUUAAAUUGGAUUUUACAUCGUUCUCAAGGGCAAGUAUAAUCCGUUUAUUUACAUAAAUGUCUUAAAAUGACAAGAUUUACACAUGAUUAUUUGUUUGCACAGGUGUAGAAGUGUACUGUACUUCGGGUAUCUGACUUUUUAAAAGAGCUGCAGAAACGUGCAGUUUGGUUAGAGUGAGAGAAAUCUUUUUUUAAUGCUUGAAAUUGUAAAUAUUCUCUUAGUCACAGCAGGUUUGUCCUUACACGUUGGGAAUUUGACGUGUAUAUCUUCCUGUCUUCUGACGAACUCUAAUGACUGUUUGUUGAAAGUAAGGUUAUAGCACUGGCAGAAUAAUCUGUUGAAUCAUAUUAACUAUUAUGAAUGAGUGUCUGGGUUGUGCAGUUGUGAUUGUUGCAUAUCAGAAGAUGUGAAUGAUAAUUCCUAAAACCAUUUGGAAUUGUUUUCUAUUUUUCCAGUUCCCUUCAUACCAACGUGGCCGUUAAAAAUGCACUCCUUGUUUUAGUGUAGUUCGUAACAAAAGUGAUGCUUAAUUGUAAUUCGGUUAGAUUGGUGGAAGAAUGACCUUGUUUCACAGUGAUGCAAAAUAAAGAUUUUAAAAAGCAAA